GCAUGCUCUUACCGUCAAAACGGCUAGUGCGCAUGCUCCAAAAUGCGGAAGUCUGAGAGAGAGCCAUAUCACGCUGGAGAGAUGGCAGCUGAUCAUAGAGGCAAAUAGGUUGCAGAAAUGGAGUUGUCCUCACUGUCAAGUGGGCGCGUCGUUGGUACGCGGAGACGGAACAAAAAAAACACUACGGAGGAGAGUGACAUUUUAGCGGUGGAAGAUGGAGAUACCGUCAAUAGUGGUAUGAAGGGAGGACAUGCCAAAAAGAAGAAAGCAGCAGUGGAGAAUGAGGAGAUGGAUUCUGUGGAAGAGAGGCUCAUCGCAGAUGCUAGUGGUGUGUCCAUUGCCCCAACUAAAGUCCUGGCAAACAAAACAAUUGCAGACGAGUUGGAGCUGUAUAAGUUGAAGGCAGGCUGGCAACAGGAGAGGAUUGAUGAGCUGACCAGGGACAGAGAUUUUCUAAAAGAACAGUUGGCAGCAGCUCUUAAAAAAGAUGGUGCAGCAUCCACCUCCACCCUGAACACAGCACCCAACUCCUCCCAGAAACGCAAGACUUCACGUUCCUCUUCUGACGACUCAAUGGAAUCGUCCUUCGACAGUGAGAGCGAGUCUGAGUCGGAGUCUGACUCUGUCUCUCCUGACUCGUCUCCGGACAAAAAGAAGAACAAGAAAGACAAGAAGAAGACAGGGAAAGGGAAAAAGAAGGUGAAAAAGUCGAAGGAAAAGGAGAUGGGCCCAAAGGCACGUCAGAGAGCCCUAAAUCCAAAGCAGGCAGUGCUCAGGUAUCAAAAAAUACUAAAGGCAUUCCGUAAAGGAGGGACCAUGAGUGCUGCGUUCUCAACCGUCGGUGUAGAUCGUAACACAGUGGUGGCCACUGCACCCAUCGCUCAGCUUUUUAUCGCUUCACCGAACAAGUACAAGGACAUCUUAGAUGGUCACAAAACUGGUCGUGUAAAACUGUCAGUGUUGGCUUCUGAGUGCUCUCCGGCAAUUGAACAGGAUUCUGCUAUAAAGGAGAAUGUGAAAACACUUAAAAACAACAACAAGCUGCUGCCCCUCACCAAGAAGUGAGCUUGGGCUAGGGUGUACUGUGAGAAUACCGGUCAAGUGGGCACACCAACAUAAAAUUUGAUAUUUUGUCCAAUAUUUUAAAAAAAUGUAAUAUUUGAAAAAUGUUACGCUGGUGUGCUCAGUUGUCCUCACUUGACCGGUUACCUACUGGAAUAGCACUGUGAUCCACUUGUGUACUGUGAUCCACAAGUUGUUUUUCUUUGGAGUGUGAUUGCUCUUUGUUUACAAUUGUGUAUUUAAUUGGGCAGUUUUAUUAGUCAGAUAAGAAUGUUUUAUUUUUCCACCAUAUAGCCUUGGAGCUGUACACCAUGUAGCCUGUGAGCUAGGGUGUGCCAGUUGAUUUUUUUACACACUGUUAUCUAGUGUUAUCUAGCAAUAUUUGAAAACGGUAUAUUUGUUUUACUGUAAAGCAUUUAGGGCAGACACACACCAGAAGUAGGUGGCUGCCUGAUUCUGGGAUUCCGCCAAUGUAUUUCAAUGGGAAACAAGCGGAUUCCUCCUUCUGCAACUUUUACCGUUCGCAGGAGGAGGAAUGCACUCGUUUCCCAUUGAAAUGCAUUGGCGGAAUCCCAGAAUCAGGCAGCCACCUACUUCUGGUGAGUGUCUGCCCUAAAGGGAUAGUUCACCAGUUUACUUGAAAUGUUAAUGUUUCCAAAGUGUGUAUUUAAAAGAGCUUGUAUUUUAUUUUUCUAUUUUAUACGAUCACACACUGUUGUUAUUUGAAGAUGUUUGUCAAGUUUACUUGAAAUUUUAUAGAUUUUAGUUGUUUAAAGUGUGUAUUUAAAAGAGCUUGUAUUGUUUGUGACCAAUAAAACUGACACUUUGUA